AUGGACUAAUAAUAAUAAUUUUCAUUAGGAUUACUUGGAAUACUUGAUUUUCGUUUGAUAUUAAGGUUAUCAAAAUAUUUAAUGGCAUGUGAUAUAUUAUCUUUAGGUUUAACCAAUUCAUUUUUUAAAGAAUAACUCUUAAAUUUCAAGAAAAGAGUAGUACAUUUAGAGAAAAUGGCUAAUGUAAAGAAUAAUGGGAUUCAAUUAUAUUUGGAAGUAGAUAUUUCAGAUAUAUAUGAUAAAAUUGAAGUAAUUAUGGCUGUUGUAGAAACUAAGGAUUAAGGAUGGGCAGCUGUAUAUAAUUUAUUUUCUAAUAAAUUUAGAUUUAAAAUUCAUUUUCUUGGGUAACUUUAACUCUAUUUAAUGAACCAUUAGAUUAUCAAUCACAUGGAAUUAAAUCAUAUGAAAAAAUAAUAUAUUCAAAUUAUAGUUAAAUCAAAUUUGCUUAAAGGAAAUUAACAAUUACAGAAACUAUAGCAAUGGAUAAUACUAAAAAAAAGUAAUAUGAAACCAUCCUUGGAUUGAGUAGGAAAGGUGAAUUCAAAAAAAUAGGAAUAGUUCAAAAGUGCUUAUAUGAAAAUUGGGAAUGUUAUUUAAAAAGUGGAUAGAUCAUUAUAUUAUAUAGAGAUUGA